GCCCCGCCCCGCCCCGCCCUCCUCGAAGCCCGAGAGUGCUGCGUGAGCCGUCGGGGCUGCAGUCCCGUGCCUCGGUUCUCCGCGCGGUCUUUGUCCGCCGCUUUGUUCUCGCCGCGCUGGCGUCGUCCUCGCCCCCGUCUCCGCCCGCCCCGCGCGCUCGGGCCCUGCCCGCCAUGGUCACCCGGCCCGAGCCUGAGGUCGAGGCCAUGGAUGCUGAGCUGGCCGUGGCGCCGCCGGGCUGCUCGCAUCUGGGCAGCUUCAAGGUGGACAACUGGAAGCAAAACCUGCGGGCCAUCUACCAGUGCUUCGUGUGGAGCGGGACGGCCGAGGCCCGCAAGCGCAAGGCAAAGUCCUGCAUCUGCCAUGUCUGCGGCAUCCACCUGAACCGGCUGCACUCUUGCCUCUACUGUGUCUUCUUUGGCUGUUUCACCAAGAAACACAUUCAUGACCAUGCAAAGUCCAAGCGGCACAACCUGGCUAUUGACCUGAUGUAUGGAGGUAUAUACUGCUUCUUGUGUCAGGACUACAUCUAUGACAAGGACAUAGAAAUCAUUGCCAAAGAGGAGCAGCGCAAGGCUUGGAAGAUGCAAGGUGUUGGAGAGAAGUUUUCAACUUGGGAACCAACCAAGCGGGAACUGGAACUGCUGAAGCACAACCCAAAGAGGCGGAAGAUCACCUCCAACUGUACCAUAGGUCUGCGUGGACUGAUCAACCUGGGGAACACAUGCUUCAUGAAUUGCAUCGUGCAGGCGCUGACCCACACACCACUUCUGAGAGAUUUCUUCCUGUCAGACAGGCAUCGCUGUGAGAUGCAGAGCCCUAGCUCCUGCCUGGUCUGUGAGAUGUCCUCUCUCUUCCAGGAGUUCUACUCGGGGCACCGCUCCCCACACAUUCCGUACAAGCUGCUGCACCUGGUGUGGACACACGCCCGGCACCUGGCAGGUUAUGAGCAGCAGGACGCACAUGAAUUCCUCAUUGCAGCCCUGGAUGUCCUCCAUCGGCACUGCAAAGGUGAUGACAAUGGGAAGAAAGCCAACAACCCUAACCACUGCAAUUGCAUCAUCGACCAAAUCUUUACGGGUGGGCUCCAGUCUGAUGUCACAUGUCAAGUCUGCCACGGGGUCUCCACCACCAUAGACCCCUUCUGGGACAUCAGUUUAGACCUGCCCGGCUCUUCCACCCCAUUCUGGCCCUUGAGCCCAGGGAGUGAGGGCAGUGUGGUUAACGGGGAGAGCCAUGCAUCGGGCACCACCACUCUCACAGACUGCCUGCGAAGAUUUACCAGACCAGAGCACUUAGGAAGCAGUGCCAAGAUCAAGUGUAGCGGUUGCCAUAGCUACCAAGAGUCUACAAAGCAGCUCACCAUGAAGAAGCUGCCCAUUGUGGCCUGCUUCCAUCUCAAACGAUUUGAACACUCAGCCAAACUUCGGCGGAAGAUUACCACAUACGUGUCUUUUCCCCUGGAACUGGACAUGACUCCCUUUAUGGCCUCCAGCAAAGAGAGCCGGAUGAAUGGGCAGUACCAGCAGCCCCUGGACAGUCUCAACAAUGACAACAAGUACUCCCUGUUUGCUGUUGUUAACCAUCAAGGGACCUUGGAGAGUGGCCACUACACCAGCUUCAUACGGCAGCACAAAGACCAGUGGUUCAAGUGUGACGAUGCCAUCAUCACCAAGGCCAGCAUCAAGGAUGUGCUAGACAGUGAAGGGUACCUACUCUUCUACCACAAGCAGUUCCUGGAAUAUGAGUAGCCUCCUGCCCUGCUGGCCAGGAAGAAAAG